GAUGCCGGCCACGGCGACCGGCGGCGCGCGGGUGGAGGAGGCAGCAGCAGCCGCAGCCGCGCUUUCGGGGUCCUCCUCCGCGCCCUCCUGCAUGGGGACCAGGCCGGAGGAGCUCGCCGCGAGGCUGGCGGCCGGGGGCCCCGGCGUCGUCGCAGCCGGCGAGGGAUUGGAGGGGGAGCAGGAGCGGGUGCUCGCGCUGCGCGAGAUCAAGAACCAGAUCAUCGGGAACCGGACCAAGAAGCUCCUCUACCUCCGCCUCGGCGCCGUGCCAGCGGUCGUCGCCGCGCUGGCCGAGCCCGCCGCGUCGCCGGCCGCGCUCGUGCAGGCGGCGGCCGCCGCAGGGAGCUUCGCGUGCGGCGUGGACGAUGGCGCGCGGGCCGUGCUCGCUGCUGGCGCGGUGGGGCACCUCACGCGGCUCCUCGCCCACGCCGACGACAAGGUUGUCGAUGCAUGCGCCCGUGCUCUCAGAAUGAUAUAUCAAUCAAAACAAGCUCCGAAUUUUGAUGUCAAUAAUGAGAAAAAUAUGGACUUCCUUCUUUCCCUUCUGGACAGCAACAACGAAAAUGUCACUGAGCUGGCUGCUAAUAUUAUAUCACACUCUUGUGAUAGCAAUACAGAACAAUUAGCACUAUGUGGUGCUGGAGUUCCGCAGAAACUUGUUAGUCUUUUUGGAGGUUCUGUGAAUCUGCGGGAUGCUUGUUUAGAUUCUAUGACUGCAAUCGUAAGAAAUAAUUGGGAAGUUGCUUCAAGAUUUGCAUCAAUGGACCACGGAAAAGCUUUCCGUUCAAUAGUUGGGUUAAUACAUGACCGAACCCCGCGCACAAGACUACUUGCUUGUCUGUGCUUGAUUGCAAUUGGGCAUGCUUCUCCUUGUCAUUUUCCAGACAGGCAAAUUAAAACAAAGUUGAUUCUGGUCUUACUAGAGCUCAUCGAAGAACCUGGUCAUGUAGGAGAUGAGGCUCCCUUGGCGUUAACCACCCUUAUAAAGGAUAGUGUGGAACUGCAAAAACAAGCUUUUUCAACAAAUGCAGUUGCAAAGCUUAGCAACCAUCUGGUAGCAAAUUCAUUGGAGACAAGGCGGGCAGUGACUAUAUUGCUUGCUUUAGCUGAACUUUGCUCAAAAGAGGAAGAGUCAAGAUCUCAACUUAUGUCAGGCCAGGUGUCAACCUUGAUACUUGAUGCGUUGAAGCAUGAUUGUGCUGAUAUCCGUAUUGCAGCAUGUUCAUGUCUGAAGAACAUCUCUAGGUCAUCGAAGGUACUUAGUGCGGGUCGCUUAUCCUGCGAUACAAUUGUCGCUCCCUUAGUCCAGCUUUUGUGUGACUCAUCUACUUCAGUUCAGGUUGCUGCCCUGGGUGCUAUUUGCAAUAUUGCAGUGAACUUAACACCAAGGAAAUCUGUUCUUCUUCAUUCUGGGGUCGUCUCCCAGCUGGUUAAUUUAUCCAAGUCGAUGGAUCCAACAUUGAGGCUAAAAUCCGUAUUGGCUCUUAGGAAUAGUAUGUUCCUUCUGAAUCCAAAGGACAAAGACUUCAUUAUGAAGGAGCUAACCAUAUCUACUCUCUCAAGCCUCAUAUGUGAUUCUGAGCAUUUUGUUCAGGAACAGACAUUGGCACUGGUACACAAUCUUCUUGAUGGAUAUGUGGAUGCUGUUAAUUACGUCAUUGGUGAAGAUGGCAUGGUUAUAAAUGCUUUAUCAAGACAGCUGAACAAUGCAUCUACCCCAGGAGUUUGCAUCCAGGGCAUGUUGGUGCUUACAAAUAUGGCAGCUGGGGACGAAUUAAGCAAGGAAGCUGUAAUGGAUGUUAUUGUUCCUCACAGAUCAGAUCGCAUCAAGCCAUCUUUUGUGGUCAACUUUCUGCAGAGCAAGGACAAACAAUUGAGAGUUGCAUCUUUGUGGUGUAUUCUGAACUUAGCUUACCCAAAAAGUGAUGCUUCAUCUACUCGAGUAGCCAGACUGCAAAAUGCUGGGGUAAUUUCACAAGUAAAAAGCAUGAGAAAUGACCCCUGCUUGGAUUGCAAGCUUAGAGUAAGUACGGUGCUUGACCACUGCUGAGACAAUGCUGGUGCCGGUUUCAUGUGAUGAGCCAGCAAGCCAUUGAAGCUUACAUGACACACCAUACAAAUGAGCAAGGAAGCUGAGCGUAGUUUGCACCGCCAUGCCCACCGAGAACCGUGAACCAAUAGCAUGAGUAAGAAGCCCUUGCUGAUCUAUCCUCGUUGCGUCGAGCCUAUCGCUGUAAUUUCUUCCCAUGAGAACUCGAUGACAGCCGGUUUCUGUUGCGGAAGGCUGGCAAUUCCCUUGUUGUAAGCUUGUGUUUGUAAAAGAAUGACACCCCAAGAACCCUGAGUUUGUAAGCAUGCCACCUUGAGAACCUUUGCUGCUUGAUUGCAGCCUGAAGGUCGGAGGCACCAGCUUCGGAGAAUCCCAUUUUUUCAGUGCCACCAGAACCUUUGGGCUGUGUUGUGACUUGUGACGAAGAGUGUAAAAUCGAGCCACCUGUUGCUUUUGUAAAUUGCAUUUUUUUCUCUCGCAUUAAUAAGGCUGUUUUAUCACCUGA